AACGGGAGAGCAGCAGCUGAACGCGUACAGUAGACGCGUCGACUCGCGCAGCGGAGGAGACACACACACCUGAGGAAUAGCGGCGCGAUGGCUGAUCAUCUGAUACAGAUCAAUGACUCGUCCGUCGCGGUCAAUCGAUUCGCGCGGAAAGGAGCUCAGCGAAAGAAGAACGUGCACGAAGUUAAAAACCACAAAUUUAUCGCUCGAUUCUUCAAGCAGCCCACAUUCUGCAGCCACUGCACCGACUUUAUCUGGGGAUUUGGAAAGCAAGGCUUCCAGUGCCAAGUGUGCUGUUUUGUGGUCCACAAAAGGUGCCAUGAGUUUGUUUCAUUCUCCUGUCCAGGGGCCGACAAGGGCCCUGACACAGAUGUGACCUGUGACAUGAACGUUCAUAAGCAGUGUGUGAUGAACGUGCCAAGUCUGUGCGGGACCGACCACACUGAACGCAGAGGAAGACUCUUCCUCAAGAUCGAGGUCAGCGGAGACAGACUUCACGUCACAGUGGGUGAGGCCCGAAAUCUGAUUCCCAUGGACCCCAAUGGUCUAUCAGACCCGUAUGUGAAGCUCAAACUCAUCCCAGACCCCAAGAAUGAGACCAAACAGAAGACCCGCACCAUCCGCUCCUCGCUCAACCCCACCUGGAACGAGUCCUUCAUCUUUAAGUUAAAGCCAUCGGAUAAGGAGCGCCGUCUGUCCGUGGAGGUGUGGGAUUGGGACAGAACCACCCGUAAUGACUUCAUGGGCUCCAUGUCCUUUGGUGUGUCUGAGCUGAUCAAAGCUCCUCUAUGUGGCUGGUAUAAGAUGUUAAACCAGGAGGAGGGUGAGUACUACAACGUGCCCAUCCCAGAGGAGAGUGACAUUAACCUGGAGCUGCGGCAGAAGUUUGAGAAAGCCAGGCUCGGUCCUGGGAAGAAAGUCAUCACUCCCUCUGAUCACCGACGCUUCAGUUUACCAUCCGGAAACAUGAACAGAGUUCAACUCAAUGACUUCCAUUUUCUGGCUCUUCUGGGCAAAGGCAGUUUUGGGAAGGUAAUGUUGGCAGAGAGGAAGUCCACUGAGGAGCUGUACGCCAUUAAAAUCCUGAAGAAGGACGUGGUGAUCCAGGAUGAUGAUGUGGAGUGCACAAUGGUGGAGAAGAGAGUGCUGGCCCAGAGAGAUAAGCCACCUUUCCUCACCCAGCUGCACUCCUGCUUCCAGACUGUGGAUCGUCUGUACUUUGUAAUGGAGUACAUUAACGGUGGAGACCUGAUGUAUCACAUCCAGCAAGUGGGCAAGUUUAAGGAGCCACAAGCCGUAUUCUAUGCAGCAGAGAUUGCUGCUGAGGUCGCCCUGACCUCGCUUAUACUGUCCACUCGCACGCGGCCAUACGCACCCACAGCUAAAGACCACACUAUUAACUGUGAACUGUCUGCCGGAGAUCUGAAGUUGGAUAACGUGAUGUUGGACUCCGAGGGCCACAUCAAGAUUGCAGACUUCGGCAUGUGUAAGGAACACAUGUAUGAGGGCAUGACGACACGCACCUUCUGUGGAACGCCGGAUUACAUCGCCCCGGAGAUAAUCGCCUAUCAGCCGUACGGGAAAUCAGUGGACUGGUGGGCGUACGGUGUGCUCCUCUACGAGAUGCUGGCUGGGCAGCCUCCAUUUGAUGGCGAGGAUGAGGAUGAGCUCUUUCAGUCCAUAAUGGAGCACAAUGUGUCUUACCCCAAAUCCCUGUCUAAAGAGGCAGUGUCCAUCUGUAAAGGGCUGAUGACGAAGCAUCCAUCCAAGCGUCUAGGUUGCGGUCCAGAGGCUGAGCGAGAUAUAAAGGAGCAAGCUUUCUUCCGCAGAAUCGACUGGGAACGGUUGGCCAACAGAGAGAUCCAGCCUCCUUUCAAACCCAAAGUGUGCGGCAAAGCGGCGGAGAACUUCGACAAAUUCUUCACCCGCACGCAGCCCAUGCUGACCCCUCCAGACCAACUGGUCAUCGCCAACAUCGACCAGAGCGAAUUCGCUGGAUUCUCUUACAUAAACCCAGAGUUCAUCCACCCAUCGUCGCUUCACAGUGUGGUAUGAGACGGCCCAAUGAAGAAGAGGACCGCCCGUCCAGCUCAAACUAACAACCACAUCCAUGUUAUUUAUGAACUCACCAAAUCUUUGUAGACAGUUGAAUACCCUUUAUCUGAACUGAGGUGGGCUGGAGAAGUGGGUUUGAUGGCUGAAGGGAAUAUAUCAUGAGCAUUUUAAGGCACCAAAGACAAAUGAUUCUUUUAUGAGGUUCCAUCUCGGUUAGGGUGCUGCUUGGGCAGGCAGUAGACAGAAAGGCAGCUCUCUAGGCUUUUUGAAACAGAGUGAUAAUGUCCUCACAGUAAUGACAGUUCAUCUAAUGCAUGUAUGCAGAUAGAUGUUAUGUGCAGGCCCAAAGCCGUAUUUUUUUUUGAAGGUGGAGAUAAUGAACAAUCCCUUUUUCCAGUCCUCAGAUUCUUUGUGUGUGAAGCAUGCUGACAUGAAACAGGUUUUUGUGUCCUAUUCCUUAAAUCCUCUACUGCCAUUUCUAAUGUUCCUGAAUUAUAUAUUUGUAAAUCUAAAAAAAAAAAUCUUGUUAUAGGAGUGCCAAAAUAUAACUGCAUCAAAAGGUUUUUUAUAUAUAUGCGUAUUGAUUUCCUACUAGAUCUCUUGGUGGUGUCCCUUAUCUUGGGCUGAAACUUGAACCCUUAUCGCUCCCCGAGUUUUAGCAUGACAACUUCCAAUCCCGUCACUGCCUGCUCGCCUGGUUCCUACAUAUUCAACAUAUCCACAACUUUUCCUCUCGCUCGAAAUGUAUGAAUUGUGAUUCCUCGUUGGUAAAGCGCAGGCCUACGCACCCGCAGAAUCCAGAUGCAGAUUUCCACAGAAUUAAAUCACCUGUCCUACUCAUCCGCUUGCACGUUUGUUUUUAUGAAAUACUUCAGAUAAUCGAAUGAUACUGUUUUAUUGAACAUAUUUUACCCUGUUUACAUCCAUCCCGUAGAUUUUCUGUCAUGAUCAGCACAAAAAAAGUCUGCAGAUUCUGCCUGGGCCCGAUAAAGAGUAGCCAAUGCAACAUUUCAAACCAAACUGAGUCUCUUCUGUUAGAAACGGAUAUGCUCUUUGAUUUAACACCUGCAUAGUAUGCUAAAGAAAACUACCACUGCUACAAUAUAAAGAACAUGUAACGAGAUGAAAACCCUGUCAAAACCAUGUCCAGGACAUAUUUCACCCCAGAAAUUCUUCUUUGCUUAAAGAAAAAGACAUCAUGUUUUAAAACCAUUAAGCUUUCUUUAUUUUAUUUUGUGCAUUGUGACAUUUUCAUGACUGUGUUAAGCACCUUUACUCUAAAAGCUCAAUUAAUGUACCCUUACUUUAAUGUGGAAAAAUGUGAAAUGAAGAUGUACUAUUUAAUGUACAUUAAGUAUUUAUAAACCAUGGUAGUCUUAUUACUAUAAUUGUUCGACAUAACGAAAGUCGCCAUUGUGAACAAAGAAUUACAGA